AUGUUUGCAGAGUACUGGAGUAGGUCUACGUGCACAGACGAACAGGCGAUAAUCGAUAUUCUGGGUCAGCGGACAAGUGCCGAGCGGCUGGAAAUCCGACAGACAUUCGCGGCCAUUUCGCAAGAGCCAGAGGGCUACAACCCACCGAACGCCGGUGUGACCCCAUUCACGUCCGCAGCUGGCAUUCAGCUUCAUGACCUGAACGGAGGAGGAAUUCAGGUGGAGCCUGGUGCGUGUUUUAUGUCCCUACUGAGGCACAUCCAGCCGGUAGUGCAUACCAGCAGAAGUGAUAAAGACACACCUAACUGCAACGUACGCCCAGCAGUACAGUGUGAGCCUCUAGCUGGAGCACAAGCACGAGUCAGAAUGCUUGAUUUGAAGAAGGCGGCUGCAUCCACCCUCACUCACUCCCUCGCCUUGCUUACGCCUACACACACUUUCGAAGGGAAGGAGGGUUGGGAUGUUAGCAGCAGCCUUCAUGAUGCCCUGCACCGGUGUCUCAGUGGGGACUUUCGGGACCUGGCUCUGACCCUCACGAAGACACCUUGGGAGAUAAUGGCGGAGGCGCUUUUCAACGCGAUGCGCGGAUACGGCAUUAAGGAGCGCGUCCUCAACGAGAUCCUCAGCUCCUGCUCACGCGACGACAUACCAGAACUCAAGAAGGCCUACGAAGAGGGUAAAUGUCGUCUUGGCUUGUGCCGAAGCUGA